AUGUCCCUCAUCGAGCUUCGUAUAGAGCUACCUGCGUACUCUCGUUCCUUUCCAGUUAAAGUAUACAAUGCAAGUACAAUUCUACAAGUGAAGCAGGAGAUAUGUCGUGCAUGUCCGGGCCAACCACGAGUGGAAGGCCAACGACUUAUCUGGAGAGGGAGGAGUCUGGCUGACCAUGAGAGGGUCGAAGAUCUUUGGAAGUCGGACGCAGAGCCACGCAUCAUCCAUCUUGCUGUCCAUCCUUCUGCUUGGUCGUCAAUACCGCCUGAGAUACCCAACACACAGACGGCCCAAGGACUCCAUUCCGAAACGAUACCAUCCCGCCAGUCAUCUACUCUGCGCACCGUAUUUCCCCCGAUGGAACCCUCCUUAGCUCCCACUCAAACUAUUCAUCGCCCAUUGGGUUUCGUUUUGUUGAAGCACGAGAGCGCCUUGUCGGCGCUAACAUCGCCUACCAUCCCGAUGUCGACUGGCGUUGAGGACGUCACGUUUCUGCGUUCAGUUGCAAUUUCAGCGGUUGAGCAACAUGGCUGGAUUUGGCCCUCCAUAUUGGAUGAAGAAUUCCCAGCCGCAACUCCCGGGGGUCUGCAAUACGAUCGUGUCAUCAUCGAUGGUCAACCUUAUCUUUCACUGCGAAACCCUUCCGAGACGCCGACCGCUUUCCAGGCACAUGCGCUCGAGGUUCUCUCUUACACCUUCACUCUAUUAUCAAUUGAUUCGCCACCUGCCACGGUCAUCCCGUCUUCAUCAACUCAGCCAGUGACCAUUCCGCCCAAUGUCAACCAGCUCCUUCAACAACUUGGGCUACCUCCCCUUCGCGUUGCUGAGAUUCACAACCCUAUUCCAAACCAGAACGCUCUACUUCCGGAGCUUCGCGAAAUUCCAUUACGACCGCUGCUAGCACCCAUGAUUAUGUUGGUGCUCCGUACACUGUUGCUUCUAUAUUUCGUCGCACCAGCCCGAAAACCCAUAUUCGCGAUUCUGAUUCUCGCAUGGAUGUUGUACGAGAUCUGGCAGCCUAUUAGGAAUGGUUUUCUUCGUGGCAUACGACGUGCCGUGGACAACCGCCAACACCAGAACGCUGACCGAGCUGCAAGACAAGGGCAACACCUUGCCCAGAAUGCUCAUCCAGCACAGCAACCUCCCGCAGACGCUCCUGUAGCAGGGCCCAUCGUACCAGGUGGGCCUGGAACUCAAGCCGGCGUACUUCUUGACACUCUGGCCAACAUGAACAUAGAGGAAGAACAAAAUAUCAUCAAUCAAACUCCCGGUACAGUAACAUCACAACCGGGCUUGGGGCACAAAAUCAUGUCCUUCUUUGGCUUAUUGAUUACAACUUUGCACCCAGCUAUCUGGAAUCGGAGGCGGGUUGCUCUUAGGCGAAGGGAAGGGGUUAUCAGGACGGAAAUGAGCAUGCCAACACCACAGGAAGCUGGGGAGAACGGACCUGCGGCAAAUAGGGCAAGUCAGACACAGGAAGGACUUCGGUCGCAACAUGCACGUCAACCUCUGUGGAUUCAGCGUUACAUGGAACGUGUUGUUGCCGCGGAUUGGGUUGACGAUUCAGACUGA